AGCUCCAUUGUUCCACUCCACGGUUCAACUAACCACCAAAUUACCAGACUACCCCUCGGAGCUCGAGGCCAAGGGCCGCCAUGGAUCGCCGGGACAUGGCGAGCCACCGCGGCCGGAGUUCCACUCGUGGCCACGGAUGGGGCCGAGGCUGGCGAGGUCGGGGAGAAGGCCGCGGCCUUGGUCUCAGCCGCGGCGCCGGCCCCUCACCGCCACCUCCUCCUUCCUCCUCCACCUCUUCCUUCCCGGCGGCGGCCAGCGCCACCGCGGCUGGUACCGGCGGCGACGCCCCGCCGAUCGUGGGCAGCUGCCCCGACAUGUGCCCAGCGAGGGAGAGGGCGCAGAGGGAGCGGCUGAGGGACCUGGCGGUGUUCGAGCGGGUGGGCGGCGACCCCGCGCGCACGUCCCCUUCCCUCGCCGUGAAGAAGUUUUGCAGAACUAUCUCUUCCACGAGUGUACAGGCAUCAGAUAUACGCCCUCUCCCAGUCCUGCGAGAAACAAUGGAUUAUCUUUUGCAUUUAUUGGAUUCCUCAGAGCAUCAGUUUGAGAUAGUUCAUGAUUUUAUAUUUGAUAGGACAAGGUCUGUGAGGCAAGACCUCAGUAUUCAGAACAUAGUGAAUGCCCAAGCAAUUCAAAUAUACGAGGAUGUGAUAAAGUUUCAUAUUCUAUCCCAUCAGAAGCUUUCUAGGUCUUCCCAGGAUUCUGAUGCUUCUUCCCUGUGUUACCUAAACAUGGAGCAGCUAAUGAAGUGCCUUCUUUCUCUGUUUGAUAUGUAUGAUGUAAUUCACAAGAACAAUUCACAGAGUAGUAAAGAGACUGAAUAUUAUUCCUUCUACGUGCUUCUACAUUUGGGCUGCAAGAUACCCAAAAUGGUAGAUUCACUCUCUUUGUGGUAUGGCCAUCUAUCUGCUUCAAUUAUACAAUCAAAGGAAAUGGUAUUUGCUAGAUCUAUAUUAAGAUUCUACCACCUAGGAAACUUCAAGCGUUUCUUCUGCGCCAUAGCAGCUGAAGGAACCGAUCUUCAGCUGCGUCUGUUAGAACCUUUUCUCAAUGAGGCUCGUGUUAGAGCAUUAAUGUACUUCAAUCAUAGUGGCUACAAACUUCAACACCACCCUUUGACACAUUUAUCAGAAAUCCUAAUGAUCGAGGAGCUGGACCUGGAAACUCUUUGUAGAUUAUGUGGACUUGAAAUUAGCAACAACGAAGAUACGAAAGCUUUUGCUCCUAAACAGGCGAGUUUCUGCGUACCAGCAUCAAUUCCUCAAAUUAAUGGCAUUUACAUAUCAAGGGAGAAUCAAAGGUGAAAAAAAUAUUGUAGCGAAUGUAAAAUGUACUCCAUUCUUCACUUGUUCAGUUGUGUGCUAAAGCACCUAUACUUCCAAGUAUCCAAUACGGAAAGCAAUUGAUCCCAGUAAAAGAAAAUUACGAAUGAUAACAGUACAUUUUCUUGUAUUCUCUCCAACAAAGUGUAUUUUGUGAGCUUCGAUGAGUAGUUCAGUAUUCUCUUCUGAUGUUCUCACAAUAUGCUAAUGGUUGCUGGUAUUGUUGGUGAUUUGAUUCUCGUC